UUGCAAGUUGACGUCUGAAGAUGACGUACUGAUUCAACAGAUGAGCUUAGGAGCAAUUAAACUGCUAGAACUAGAUCAAGUAGAAGUUGCACCAUUCGCGCCACUUUAGCGUCGCUACUUAUCUUUAGAACAACUUCUUGCCACUUGCGCCCCUCCCCUUCGCUACCUACCAAAUCAACACAUUGACAAAUUCAAAAAAAAUCAUAGAGAUGGAGAGCAUCAAAAUGACGCCGUCCCUGUCUUCGACAUGACAUUGUGAACCAAUGCUUCGCGUCUGGCCUCGCCAUGUCGUGUUUGCUCUGUCCAAGCGUCGGCCCGCCUGGCGGGGGACUCGGUAGGGAAAGAAACACAUCACCUCUCGUAGCUGAUUGGUGAAGGUCUUGCACGACGGAUCGGCGGACCUCAUAGAAGCAUUGAUUUGCGUAUAAAGAAACGACUUUUGUCAACGCCAACAAGCGACGCCGUCUUGCGCUUGCGCUGUGGCAACUUCACUCAUAGAACAAGAUCAUGUCGAAGCCUCCUGGUACCAUAUUAAGUACAGAACGGGGGAUGGAUGCACGAGGAAAACCACCUGCAAGCGGCUCACCAGUCGGAGGAAAUCAGUAUUUUAUGGGCACCAAGAACAUAAGUGGUUGUAUAGAUGCUGGAUCAACUUUGACCUCGCACUCCUUCUGAUGAAUCGCACUCCUUCUGAUGAAAUGCUGGAUUUAUCACCCUCCUUCUGAUGAAUCUUCACGACAGGAAAGACUGGUUGCUAUAUUAGGAUUACUAAUCCUAAUAAAUCAGCCUCAUCUACUUCAUCUAAUUCUCCAUUCUCCCCACUGAGUGGGGUUGCUGAGCCGAACAUGGCUGCCACUCCUUUGCAGUCACCUGGAGUGCAAAGGACCGCCGCCACAGGUAAAAACAUAGCGGAAUGCUGUACGAACAAGAUCAACAUAAGCGUCGCUGUCGCUUUUUUCUGAUAAAGAGGAAUUUUGAACAAAUAGAUGAGUAUUUCUACUGCUUGAAGAUGUAUCUAGUAGUUGGACUUUCACUCUGUUUCCCUAUGUGAGGAGAUCUUGAGAUUCUCCUGUCGAGAUCUUCUCCCUGUCCAGAGCUUCAGCAAGAUUCCUUUCAUUCCUCACCAGGUGGCCCCAACGGCACACCCGAGAAGAAGGACUAUGCGGAACGGAGAAAGAGUACUAGGGCAUCAAUGACAACAGAAGAAUUGAGGGAAAGCUUAGCACAAAAACAGCGGACAACGCGUGUGACUACGGAUGCGUCAAGUCUCCAGUGGCUGAAUGUGCUGGUAGGAACUAUAUGGCCGCACGCGAAGACAGCCAUACAAGAGAUAGUGGAGAAACAGGUGAUACCAGAUCUCCAGCAAAACCCAGGUUUAUCGGAACUUCAUUUUGCGAGAUUCAACCUGGGAUCGAGGAUGCCAAGUACUUUUUCUUAUAGUACAUAUUGAAUAAGUACUAGUUAGAAAAUUAUACCAUACCGUUGUAGUAAGCAUUGCCUAGCAAUGAAUUGUGAUUAUGCUGGAAAUUUUAAGAUAUUGCCUGCGACUGCGACUCUCGUCCCCAACAGCAUGAAAUUCUAUGCCAUUUCGCAACAUUCUCUAUGUGUCGCCCCCGUACUUCUCCACCUUCUCGCGCCACCACCGCUCUCUUUCCCACCAAAAACAGAAUUCGGACCAAUUGUGGUGCAUAAAAUAGUGGAUUCGAAGGGAUUGGAAAAACUGCACAUAGAGCUAAAGAUCGAAUACCAGAGCGAUAUCGACAUGCUCCUCGACUCCGGAUACAACGCGACUGUAGGUAUCUUCACGGUUACUAUCAUAAAUAUUUUGGAUAAAAGUUGCUAAAACAAACUGAAAUUUCAUCGCUUAUUAAAGAAGGAUUUUGAAAUUUCAAGUUUCCAAAAUGUUGUGUGUGAACAGUUGUGGCAAGGAAAUGAAUUUGGAUUAAAGUUCAUAAAACUGAAAUUUCUUGGCUUUAAGAAGGAUUUUAAAACUUCCAAAUUUCCAAAAUGUUGUGGGUGAACAGUUGUCGUCAGGAAAUGAAUUUGGAUUAAAGUUCAUAAAACUGAAAUUUCUUGGCUUUAAGAAGGAUUUUGAAAUUUCAAAUUUCCAAAAUGUUGUGGGUGAACAGUUGUCGUCAGGAAAUGAAUUUGGAUUAAAGUUCAUAAAAUUACGAUUUCACUUGUUAAAUCUUGGUUAAAUUGAGGUCGGGCGAUCGAUCGUCUUAGCGCUUUCCGCGCUAAUUAGUUGGUGGCAGUUUUUGCCAUCAAUCCGAAGCUUUUAAGCUUGCGGUAUUACAUGUUUUGAAACUUGACGAUUGAGAACCCACCUCACAGAUAAGAUCCGAAAUAGAUCAGCUUUAGCCGGUUCUAAAUGGUCUACUAAAUCUCCGACAGCGGUCAACGAAUUCAGAAAACUCACCUGACGAAUCAGAGCCAAACACCUCAAUCACACCAUAGAUCCCAAAUUGUCUACCAAAAGCUCGUGACCGAAAAAAGUUGGGUACAUUUUCGGUGAGUAGAUCACGCUCAACGCUCACCCUUAAUAAUUGGUCGUUCUUUGACCGAAAAAGUGAAAGUUGGCACCUUUCGUUCAUUUGCCGAGAUCCAAAAUUGUCGACCGAAAAAAGUGGGGUACAUUUUCGGUCGUUAUUUUCAAAGGUGAGGUAGAUCCUGUCCACAGCGUCGAGAUCCAAAAAUGUCGACCGAAAAAAGUGGGGUUCGUUUUCGGUCGUUAUUUUCAAAAGUGGGGCUUGUCCUCAAAUAGUAAAGACCAGGCCGAUCCUGUCCCCAAAUAGUUAGGUAUACCUACGCUACUCGAAUACACAGGCUUUCGCUUGAUCAUCUAGAUCGAACUUCGUGAUUGAUUUCGUCAAUCCUUGCAACCAAAAAAGCAACCAAAAAAAUGGCUGACAUAGCAGGUCUCUCGACUCUUCAACAAAUCCAGCUUUUCGCUGAGAAUGGUGACCCUUUCCGGGCCACUGCAUUCAAGGACGGCCCUGGCCGCCCCGGUGCCCAUGCCUUGUGGAGUAAGCAUGUGCACCGCAAGAAAGCCGACGGCACUGAUAACCCCGACGCCAUCGGGGACGUCCUUCUACGUAAGGCAUUCGGUACAGCCCUCUUUGAGGUGAAUGAGGUCGAUGUGGUUUUACAACUCACCGACAAGGAGAAAAUCACGGCAGUCCUCGAGGAGACUGCUCUACCGUCUUUCAAGGACGUAGCUCGCGCUAACGAGAGCCGCAACGACCUUAAGGAGGCGAAGGCCGUAGGUAUUGUCCUUUCUGCUUUGCAGCUUAUCCAAGUCGCACAGCGCAACAAGGAGAAGGAAGAGGAACGGAAGCACCGCGAUGACCUUACGCGCAUCGCUAUGGGGGCCUCUUCCCUCACAACGAAACAGCCGAAGAAAGUCGUGCAACUCGCACCGCGCCUGACGGUGCUCGGCAUCGUCUCGGACAAGAACAACCUCAUCCCAACGCAGGACCAAGUCAAUUUCAUGCGUUUCCAGAUCGAGAAGGGCUUCGCUUUUCCUUUCGCGGACCUGAAGUCCGGCCCUUGGUACCCCAAGAGGAGUGACUGGGUCAUGAAGCUUGGGCUCGGCGAGAGUGAAAUCAACGACACCAUUCGGGAAAUUUCUGCCACUAUGGGCAUGGAUGCCCAACGCUCAGAGAAACAGCUACUAGCGGACGCAACCGCCAAGAACAAGGAUACUGAACUUCCACCCUCGCAGUACUUGUUCCUUCACGGGAAGGCGCUGAUCGCUUGGGCCGCCGCCAGUGAGGGCCCUACCAUAGACAAUCAGUUCACCGCGAUCCUCCAUCUCUACACUACUGCAAUCCUCGACGCAAUCAAUCACUUCGGGCCGCGGGUCGUCACGUCUUUCGACGCGAAGACUCGGCAGGAUUGGUCCGAGGAAAGUCGUCACGGCGACUUUGAUAUCAUGGCCAAGAUUCGCGAUUUCCGCGGCGAUGAUUUUCGGGAGUAUCUCAGCUUGUUCAACAUGAAAGAAGAUCGGCGUCGCAAAGCCAAAGCCGCGGACGAUGAAGCGAAGCGUCGCAAGAUUACGGUGCAGCAGCCUAAGGGCGGAAAGCCACCGAAAGGAAAGGGUCAGUCUCAACCCUCGGGAGCUGUCAACUAUGACAACACACCACCGCGAAUUCCUAAGGGGAAAGCGAUGGGAAAUAAAGGGGGUGGCGCCCUGAAUGAGCGUCAGUUGCAGCAGAUCCAGAAUAAGGGGCAACUCUCUUCCGAAGCUAACGGGCGAGGAGAACAAGAACCAGGGCAGCAGUCCUGAACGUCCUCUCUUGAGGUUCGUUCCCCUCUCGUCGCACCAGAACACGCCACACCAUCACGAGAGGGCGAAAAGGAACACAGUGGCGACCCAGCUUCGGAACUAGCCGAUUCGGCUUCUUUUUCUAGUUCGGUCCCGUCCUCCUUUGAAGCGGGAGAGCACCACAGACAACAGGCCGAACCUUCGCAGAACUAUCCUUGGGAACCUCCCUCGGAGUAUAUUAGUCCAGCAAACACGGAGCCGGUGGAGAUCACGCGUACCCGUCUUAGGGUCAGCGAGUGGAUAUCGAACCCGGCCAAGUAUCAGCUGGCGCUUCAGGCUUUUAAUAAGUCAUACAUCAGGAGCGAUUUCCUUCGCCCUUUUUCCGCUGCGAUGUUUCUUCACAGCGAAUCAGAUCUGUCCUGUUUCUCGGGUCCAAGUAGAACCUCAUCGCGUAGAGUUGUCCUUCGUGAUGAUUUCGCUGAGGAGGAUAUUUCUGAUUGGGCAGAAGACGACGGAAGCGACACCGUCGCGGGAAACGCAACUACUUCGACCGCAAUAGCACAGUUACAACAUAGCACGGCAGUAAAACCUACUAGAAAGCAAGCCGGUGCACAUGUCCUAGUGAUGUCGCAGCAGGGAGUCUACAUGUCUCUUCACGCCUCUACGAUUCGGGGACAUGUCAACCUAGCACAACAGUUUCGCUUUCCGCGUAUUUCUCAUGAACCGCUACCCCUUGAUUUACAAGAGGCGGCAGCUUUCACAGCUGAUAGCGUCUCCGCGCGCCAGAAUGCGCGCCGCCUGGUCUUACAAUUCUGGCGAAAUAGGAAGGACGCACUCCCACGCGACACCUGGCUACCAGGUAGGCCGCAGAUUUCAAAAAUCGCGGUUACAUUGCUCGAGGAUAUGAUGAAGGUCACGGGCAUCUUCGGGUCGCGCUUGGCCGACCGCUUGCGGAUCGGUUUCCCAAUCGUUGGAAUUUUCGACGAGGUUGGAGUCUUUCCGAGGGCCAACCGCUCCCGCCCAGUUCAAUCGGCUACGGAUCUAAUCAUCAACAAGCACAAGCUCCUCCGCGAAAUUGAAAAUAAAGCACGAUACGACUCGAAAGAAGAAACAGACCACAUUUGGUCGUCCUUCCUUUCGGAGUGUGAGUCUGGGUCUUUGUCUGGCCCUUACUGUGUCAACGAUCCUGAAGACGUUAAGAAUUUGCCCACGGACUUCCUUCCGCUAAGGCGGUUCAUUGUGACCCAGUCGUCCUAUUCUGGAAGCUCUGGCACAUACAAAACGAAGCUACGACCGUGCGACAACGCGAAACACAGUAUGCUCAUUGAAGCCUGCGCCGUCAGAACGCCGAUCAAGUUGAUGAAUGGCGACCACCUCAACGCAGUCACCAUGUUCCUGCAGAAGUUAACGGGACCACAGCAGCUCGCCUUUAUCAAGAAAGACAUGAAAUCUGCAUAUAGACAGCUCUUAUCUUACCGCAGUUUCGUGGUGGUAAUCGCGAAGAAUCCGACUUGCGGGAGGCUCUUCGGGGCCGUCGCGAAAGCCCUCUUGUUUGGUGAAGAGGCCGCGGUAAUUAACUUCAACGUUUAUGCGUUGGUGGCGACUGCUCUGGGUAGGCGCAUUCUCCGCCUCCCCAUCGUGUCUUACUUCGACGACUUCGGCUGCGUCGUUCCCGCGCAGGAUGCUCAGCGUGCCUCCGAAGACAUGGACACAUUCUUCACCGACCUCCUCCAGAUCACUUUUGAACGGCAAAAAGACGAACUUGGUAGCCGUAUUAGAUUCCUCGGAGCGUUCCACUCCACGACCCCAAAGGGGAUUACGGUCGAAAUCUGCCCCGUAAGGGCCCAAGAAGUUCAGCGCCGUAUUGGUGACUUCUUGAGUAAAGGCAAACUCCACCCACUCGAGGCGGAAAAGCUUGCAGGAACUCUACAAUUCUGCUCAAGGGCGUCAUUCGGCAGACUCGGCCGCGCCUUCCUCGUUCCGAUUUACGGCCGGGCCCAGAUGAAACACCAGGGCGGCGCGUUGGGGCCCCGCCUUCGUUCUGCACUAGAAUGGUACCACAAAUGCCUUCCAAGCUUUCGGUACGAUAUCCCAUCUUCAUCCGGCGAAGGCAACGACUUGCCGCCAGUUGUCUUGUACACCGACGCCGCGGGUUCUGGGCGUAUCGGUGUCGUUUGCUUCGACGGCGAUUGCCGGGCUUGCGCGUCCUUUUGGGCCAUGGAGGCUGAUAUGUUCAUUGAAAUUUACGAGGCUGUCGCUGUCGCGCUUGCGUUAUUCGCCGAGCGCAUUAAAGGCAGGAAAGUCCUCGCUCUCAUCGACAACGAAAGCGCACAGUGCGCGACACAGAACGGGUACAGUGACGACCCCAAGGUUCAAAAACUUGUCCUGUUGAUAUGGAUCCUCGCGCUAUCUCUAGGCAUCGAGAUCUGGUUUGAGCGCGUUACGAGCAAGCUCAACAUCGCCGACGGUCCGAGUCGUGACUCUUUUGACACAUGUAACGACUUUGGCUGCGUAAUUCUUCACCGAGCUUCUCCUACUCGCCGUCCAGACUCGCCGACAUUCACAAUGGACACCUUUCGGGAGGUCGCUCAGAAUGCGGCCAGAAGCAGACAAGCUGCGCCGUUUAUGGUGUAGGACGCCCUCGGGGUCACGGGAGCUCUUCUAUCUUGUCAGGAGCGUACUAGCUAGCAUCGCAUUGACUGACAUCGGCGACUAGUGAAAAACUUACUGCGCUCGUGGGAACGCUCUAGAAGAAACAAACAAAGUCGGAGGUGAAACACAACGUUCCAGCGGGCCGCCAGGCUGGGACUGUAAGUAAAGACGUUACCCAAGAAAUGACUCCUCUCAGUGCUGAAGUAGUAAGUAAAAUAAUGAGUAAGUAAGUAAGAAAAAACGGCUCUCCAUCGUGCUGAAGUAGUAAGUAAGUAAGAUAAAACGGCUUUCCGCCGUAAUUCCGCCUGUUUCCAUGGCUCAGACUUCCAGUUCCAGAAGGAAUAGAAUAGAGGAGCAAAGGGCGGCUUCGAAGUCGCUCGCUAUAGCUGGUCGUAAAUAAAAAAGCCACCUCAUUCGCGCGGAAUGUGCGGCCAGCGUUUUGCGCAGCCUGGUUCCCAGGCCAGCGCGCUCAGGUGUUCCACCUUACAGGACGAUGCGUCUGCAUAUAAUCGGUCCCCGCACUCGGUUAGUUUUUCUUUGGUUAACUUCAGUCUCUUCUCCAAUAAGACGAGCGUCUCACUCGUAAGCUGGUGAAUAGUAAAGAAAGGCAAAGUCUAGCGCUAUACCUCGUUAAAGCUAAGUAACGCCGCUAGUAUGUCUCUUCCGGACAAUGAUCCCGUCUCCCGAAGGAGGCGGGAAAUAGUCAAUAUGUUCAAAAACAUGGCUUGGUUUGACGAGCGGUUCAUCUUGUCCUUCCGACCAACGCAGUUGUCGCUCACGAAACGGCUCCGCACCGCUUUACAAGAGCUCCAAUCUAUCGAAAUAGACCGAACCCGUGAAAAGCGUGCAGGUACUUCAUUUGGGCCUUAUUUUAAGUAGUCACCUCAGUUGGCAUCUGGGAGUAGGACAUCGGCGACUGGGAAACCUCCCAGACCCCAACUGACGUGCAAUUCUAAUUGUCUUUUGACUAAUUGCAGUGCUAUAAACUAUGAAGUCUUCUCGUGCUACGUUUUACUAGCACGGCGUCGCGCUCUCUGCACGCCUUUCGGCUAUGUUCAUAGGCCGCCGAGAGGUUCGUUUAUCGUGGGGAGUUUUCUUAUCCCACGUGCCUACUAGGCAGGAUCAGGGUAUCGAGUGAUCGUUCUAAUUUAAUUACGAUUUCACUUGUUAAAUCUUGGUUAAAUUGAGGUCGGGCGAUCGAUCGUCUUAGCGCUUUCCGCGCUAAUUAGUUGGUGGCAGUUUUUGCCAUCAAUCCGAAGCUUUUAAGCUUGCGGUGUUACAUGUUUUGAAACUUGUUUCUCACCCUCCUCUCUCCACCCCUCAUCCCACAGAUGCUCUGCGGGAGGAAAAUCUACUAUGCUGGUCAGUCGAUGAAGCAAUCCGUCUUCUUUCCGAGGAACCGGAAGCGACGCACCCAGAUACGAAGGGGCUCCCCCUUGCAAAACGCCUCAAGCUUUUAAGCGAGGCAACUACGGAGGAACAGAACUCCAUCUUGGACGAUAGGGCGCACUCGCUACAGAUCCAGUCUCUAGUCCCAUCUUCGCGAAAGGGCUACAUCUCAUCCCUUAGGGGCUACCAACGAUAUUGCACCACCCGAAAAAUUAGGGAGUUUCCUCUCGUCUUCAUUGAGGUCAAGCGAUUCUUAGGACUGGCAAAUACGGCCGAGUCUGCAAACGCAUGGCUGGCUGCGAUAAAGAAGGCGUCUGUAUUGAUCCACUGCCCCUUCUCUUUUUCGUGCUUCGAAGAGCUCGAGCUAACUACGCUCAUCAACGGACUGAAGAGAACGCAACCAACGAGAAAAGUAGCGUGCGCCAUUCUGGGCCCACACUUACUCCUCAUCCUGGACCACGCUCAAAAGAAGCAUCAGCACCAGCUUCGAAUGCUCUUGGCAUUCUCGUACGUCUUCACUUUGAGACUGCAGGACGAAGCGCUACCACUAAUACGCUCGGGCUUAUCCUCGGCGCAGCAUCAGUCUGCCACCCCCGAAUCAGUUCGGUCUCUCGGAGUGCAUAGCGCAGUCUUCAGGGCAAGUGACAACUCCGUCAAGAUCAUCUUCGCAAAACGAAAACAACAUCAAGCAGGCGACAUAGUGUCUCGCUCUUGCUUCUGCGGCGGGCACGACGUUUUCGCACAGUUCUGCCCAGUGCAUGUCUUAUUCCCUUACGUGGAACAGCAUCAGCCUGGUGAGCCGCUCUUCCCGGCCUGCUCCUACGGCCAGGCCCUCGAUUUCUUGAAAGAGGCCUUCAAGAGCAUCGGCAUCGUCUCGACCUCUUCCCCUGGUACGCACAGCCUUCGUCGCGGAUGUCUCCAAACUAUGGAGGCCAUGAACCCCGACGCCAAGGAGCUCUUAUCUCUUGGCCACUGGAACAGUUCUGCGAUCCAGCGAUACCGCGACUCUCGUCGCACUGAAGAGAUCGCCCUUACCCAUACAUUCUUACCGGACAUUUCAUCCAGCGUCGAAUCUGACUUAGAGGACAACAACGAAGUCGCCCCUUCAGGCGUGUCCACUUGAUCCCCUAUCCUGCUGAAUUCUCCCCACAAACGAAUCCCAGACCCCAACUGACGUGCAAUUCUAAUUGUCUUUUGACUAAUUGCAGUGCUAUAAACUAUGAAGUCUUCUCGUGCUACGUUUUACUAGCACGGCGCCGCGCUCUCUGCACGCCUUUCGGCUAUGUUCAUAGGCCGCCGAGAGGUUCGUUUAUCGUGGGGAGUUUUCUUAUCCCACGUGCCUACUAGGCAGGAUCAGGGUAUCGAGUGAUCGUUCUAAUUUAACUGAAAUUUCUUGGCUUUAAGAAGGACUUCGAAGUUUCAAAUUUCCAAAAUGUUGUGUGUGAAUAGUUGUCGUCAGGAAACGAAUUUGGAUUAAAGUACAUAAAACUGAAAUUUCUUGGCCUUAAAGAAGGAUUUUGAAAUCUCAAAUUUCAAAAAUGUUGUGGGUGAAUAGUUGUCGUCAGGAAAUGAAUUUGGAUUAAAGUUCAUAAAACUGAAAUUUCCUGGCUUUCAGAAAGGUUUCGAAGUUUCAAAUUUCCAAAAUGUUGUGUGUGAAUAGUUGUCGUCAGGAAAUGAAUUUGGAUUAAAGUACAUAAAACUGAAAUUUCUUGGCCCUAAAGAAGGAUUUUGAAAUCUCAAAUUUCAAAAAUGUUGUGGGUGAACAGUUGUUGUAAAGAAAUGAAUUUGGAUUAAAGUACAUAAAACUGAAAUUUCUUGUCCUUAAAGAAGGAUUUUGAGAUCUCAAAUUUCAAAAAUUUUGUGGGUGAUCAGUUGUUGUCAGGAAAUGGAUUUGAAUUAGAGUUGAUAUAACUUGAAUUUCUUGGAUUUAAGUUUGGCUGUUGGGUUUUGAAAAUUCAAAUUUAUGAAAUUCUAGCGGUUGGCUUAGUAUAGAAACUCUCAACGAUUCAAAUUCUCCACGAUCUAACAGAAUUUCGCCCAAGGACGAGUAGUGGUGCGUAGACGUAGAAAAACUUCUCAGAAACCCUCUCCUCAAGGUAUCAGAAGCAUUUUUUUCGACGGCACGUUGAACAUUAUCAUCGGGCCUUUGCUGGACGCGCUUCCUCUCAUCGGGACAGCACAGGUCUUUUUCGCGAACGUUCCGACCUUAGACUUCGGCUUUGAAGGCAUUGCCGCGAUAUCAGGGCUCGAGCAGCUGAUAAUUGGACAUGUAGAAGUUAAGGGUACUAGUGUUUAAGGGUACUGUGUGACAUGUAGAAGUUAAGGGCUUCUUGUGACGGGAAGACAGAGUACACAGCAAAGGGCAAGGCUGAGGUGCGCAGGGCCAGGACAGUCCUCACGGGCCAUGACGUUGGCGAAGAUCAUUAUUUCAUGUACUAAAUGAAAUUUGUCGCGUCAGCUCCGUCGUAGCCUGAGUAGAGAACUCAUCCCUUUGAUUUCACGAGGAGAAGCGACCAAAGAGAGUAAGUACAGUAGCAUUUAGGGGAACAAGAUCACUCGUCAGCCUCACGGAUAAAAAUGAUCUUCAUUGCCUACAGACUGCUCUAAAGAAGCGGCCAUUCGCAAUAAGCUACUGCUGCCGAACAAAAUUGACGUUCCAGUAUGCCUAGACAAGAAGCUCUUCAACAUGGCGGACGCGUCUAUGCCACCACCCAAAGGAGUACUGAGAGUGCGUGUUACAAAAGCCAGACAUCUAGCAGGAGCAAAAUGGAAGUUCGGAGAUCAGGAGGAAAGGUAGUGGUCCUGGGAAAUGCAGAUUUUUGCGUACUAAAGUGAAAGGGAAUCUUCUGAGCAAAAUCAAACUAGUUGUUGGAUGAAGGAGUUUUUUCUAACAGCGGUCGGAGGUGUGAUCAUUAUUAUACAGCACCUACAAUCUAAACAAUUCAUCACCCUGCUUAUUAUACGCAUUUGUUCCUUUGCACCUCAUCACCCGUUCAGUUUCACUUCCGACCCAGUGCCGGUAUAUCGUUUGGGUGGCGGUGAGCAGAUUCGGGGAGUCCAAAAAAGUGACACAACGGCGCCUGAUUGGACGAAGACGGAAGAUGAUUACUACAGUUAUGAAUUCUUGCCUAGGAUGAAGUCAGGCAUCAUGGAUGCCCAAAUGUUAAGUCAUCUGACGAAGGAUCAAGUAGAAGGGAAAAGCACUACCUCUACUAACUUAGAAUAGAUGACCUCUGAUGCUGCAUCUCUCACUUAGUGUUAGUUAUGGACCUAAUAAAGAUUAACUAAUCCACUAUCGUCUAGAACACUCUCACUUACUAGAGUAUUAGAUGCUCGUCCUCUAAUACAGCAACUUCGGCUAUUUCUUAGCGUACUCCGCUCAGCAAGAAUUCAACGUCGAGCUGAGGGAUCCCGAUGAAGGACGACCCGCAGCAGCCAGGCUCUUUGGACAGGGAAACUUCGUUUCGCACCUAGGCGAGACUGGACCCAUACCUUUGACAGAAGUGGACUCUUGUUAUGGAAAUUCGCUGUUAGAGUUAGUGUGUAUGGUGUGAAUCAAUUUGCCUAUGAUCCUAGCUUACGUCCUUAUAAAUAUUUCUCGAUAAACCACGUAAUCUGAUCAGGAGGAAACAGCGUUAGCUGGUCAUCGCAUCAAUCGAUUCGAGAAUUAGCCCUUUUCCAGAUUCUGGCAUCUUAAAGCGAACGAAACAUGUUGUGGCGAGAAAAAUUCUCUUUCUAAUACUGGAAAUGUGUAGACGAAAAAGAGCACGUUUACAGGGAGCAAAUCUACCUCGACACAAGCAAGGUUGCGACGAGCAUGCUCCAUGUGAACGAUCCGAUUUGUCGAGGUAUUUUUGAAUGCUGGUACUCGAUUUGCCCCCUUUGCAGCAAUGUCUGGUCGUCUACGGCAAUGAGCUCAACAGCAACUGAACUUCUAGCUGAUGCUCAAGAACAUACUAAUGUAACUUGUCGUCACUACAACCGCAUCUGCGGACAUCAUCAUCAUCAUCAUCAUCAUAUUUCCGCUAUCAAAUCUAUCUACAACAACUAGGUGUCCGCUCAAUAAUCGAGGUUGAAGCACAAUGGAUGAAACUUUCGAGAACUCGCACUGGUGGUCGCGCAGCACGUGGGAAGAACCCAUACGUCGUUUUACUAGUGAAGGUUCAUGAAGCAAGGAAUGUUUCAGAGUUAUGAAGCCCUACUACUAUUUGUUUGACAUCAAUUCCAUUUUAUCUACCGUAGACCCUGAAAAACUUCUGAAGCAGGUUAGACGUUGUUAUCCACGAUAAUUGAUUUCUUGCGCACCAGGCAGUACUACGCAGCACUUCUAGCAGUAUAUUUUGUUGUAGGUCGUGAAGGUGGAGGAAGCUCAUCUAACCCUCUCCGCAGUGAAAGAGGGGCUCUCGGUAACCGCUUCGAUCCGAGGUUCUGCCCAGGGUCCGGAAGCAGCGGCUGAGUACAGUAUGUCUCUAGUCUGUAGAGUAGUUUGUUCCUUUUCCUUAGAUCAUAAAGUUGCAGUCGGAAUAUUCGUUUUCGUUUUUUUUUUUAGACUUAGAAACUAUUUGGGAAGUAUUAAGUAGGAUGUGUUAGAACAGUCAUCCACAUAGGACGUCGUCUAACGUGUCGCCCUUGUCAAGUAUUACGCAAAUACUACCUAGCACUGUUGUGUUAGGGAAGAAACUUGAGUGAUGCAUUUGAAAGAGUCACAUCGUCUUGAUGGCUCUAGGCCUGAAGAUCAACGCCAUGAUCUUCUUCUAGUUGGUCCCUCGGACUGUAGUCCUUCACCUCAAUGCUUAUGGUAGUUGAUCUAUGUAUUGGCCUGUUUGAUCUAGCCACUAGCUUCAUUGUGUAAGUGAUGAUAGUGAUCUUGAUGCGAUUGAUCUACGACCUGAUUGGUAGGAUCUUUAGGUGCAAUUUGAUAGGUUGAUAGGCUGAUCUUAUGUUGUUCCAACAUUCCCCCCUUCGUUACGGCGGAGCGAAUGAGGAUAACACAAGAGAAACCAAAUCAAAACCUAUGCAUUUAAAUCUUAAACAUUCCAUUACAAUUAUUUUUUUUUUUUUGAUUACUUUCAAACAACCCACUUAGUGGCUACGGUUUCAAUGUUUUCGAUACCAUACUAACGCAACUUUUUAAAAGUUGCAACAUGCUGACCUAUGCGAGGAACGUAUAAAUAUUUCAAAUAAUUCACGUCACUUACUGCAGAUAACAUCUAACGAUUAAUACUUUACUUUGUGGCAUUGCAUAUACUUUCAUCAUGUUUAGGUACUUAAACAGGUCUGCAGACUUAAAACUUAAUAAUGCUUACAUAAUUUUCUCAAACUUAACUUUUCUAAGGGGGUUACAGGAGGAGCUCAACAUAAUAACUCACGAAAUCUAGACACUCCUCGCUAAAUAACUCCGUCUCUUUUAUUUUCUUCUGUGGAAAAAUUAUGUCAAGAGCUCCUGCGUUUGACGUCUUCGCUAGACCAUCAGCUCGCUGAAGAUCUGUCGGAACAAAUACAAUCCUACUACCGUUCUCGAUCACCUUCGAAUGUCGGACUGCGAUGUGUCUUGUAGGCCUUGUUAGCUCGUUCUUGUGCUUCCUACCGCUGAGGACUGCGCUUCUGUUAUCGCACAGUACCGGGCCUUUACUUUCUUCUUGUACUUUUUCCGUCCGACCUCGCAAGAACUCGAGCAGCAGAUGCGGCCCAUCUGCCAUUUCUAUCGCCUUGGCAGCUGCGACCCAUUCAGAUUCCAUGCUCGAAGUUGCGGUGACCGUUUGUGGUUGGCUUUUCCACGCCACCGGGAACCCGUAGAGGUAGAUGACAACACCAGUGACGCUGCGCAUUUUCUUGUAGGUGGACGCAAAGCUAGCAUCUCCGUAUGCGGUGACCGGAUGCUUCAAGAGCUCCGGGCAGAUCUUCUUGUUCUCCUCGUGAUCACCUAGUUUAGCUAAAUCUUUAAAGAAUGCUUUCUCUGUUUCAGGCGAAUACUCGAUCCCCUGACGCUUCGAACCCGCCAAGUAGCGCAGGACACGUCUUCCAGCGUGUUCCAUGGCUUUAUUCACCGGGAUGGCGGUGGCCCUUGCUAAUUUGUUAGUUGCAGCUCCAAUGUCCGGCCUUGCCGUGACAGUAAGCCACUGCAAUGCGCCAACAAGUGCCCGAAAGGGGAAAGAGGACGGGUUUGCUUUGUCCUCAUAAAGCGGCGCUUCAUCGAAAUCGGGAGACGGCAAAGUUUUUAAAUCCGGCUGCGCCAUGUCGAAUUUUCGCAGGACCUUGUCUACGUAGUUGGCCAUGUUGAUCCGAAGCACGCGACUCUUUCGCGAAUAAAUGCAGUCUGCGCCUAACAGGUCAAAUUUGACCGCGUCAGGCAGCUCCGGCGUUGCUGCUGGAAUCAUCGGGAUAAGAGAGAUAGGAUGCUUUUCGUGGACUUGUUGGACCAAUCUGUCAGCCUCAGCCUCGCUCUUGCCCAUGACGACACAAUCAUCAACGUAUAUCGUCAGAAGCGCCUCUAUCUCUCUGUGUUUGUUGACCUUCUUCCAGAGGCCUGGCUCUGCUUCUGCUUCUACCCAGCCGAGUUCUCGCAAGUCCUUGCUAAUUUGGUCGCCCCACAGUUUUGGCGACAUCGGGAGUCCAUAUAGUGCCUUCAGAAGCAUCCUCUUCCCAUCAUCUUCACCGGAGGCAUCUUGAAACUGUGGCGGAACAGAAACCACAACGCGACGGUGCUGGAUGGAUGCCCUGAUAAAUGCAUUCCCAAUAUCAAAAGCUUUUAUGUGCCAGCCGUGUUUUGCUGCAUGUGCCAAAGCUACUCGAUUGCCCAACUGCGACACCACCGAAGCAAACAGCGAAGCGUCUUCGUUGCUUUCCGCCUGCCAUCGGUUCCCAAGCACUACUAAACGCGCUUUGAACCUACCGCAGCGCUUCUGGCUAAGCAACAAAGCCGUAGGAGUACAUCUUAACUUUCCAUGCUGGAAUUCCGCAUACUCCUCCUCUUGUAAUUUUCGCCAGCAACGAUAGGCUUCCAACCUCGCUGCUUCGACGCUGGUUGCUUCUAUCCACUUAGCUUUAUACGGGUUAGCAUGGUGAAACGCGCGCGAUGGCGUAGUUGACUGUCCUGGGGGUACUUCGAAGUCAGUAGGAUCACCCCCCUUCGACAGGAAGACCUCCUGAUAUACCAACUCUUCACCAUCUUCAAAAGUUAAGUGAGAGUAGUAGGCCUCGGCGAAGUCCACAUGCUGCAUCUGCGCUUUUGUUCGUCGUUUCCUUGGCACUUUAUCCUUAACACCUUUGGGUCUGCCUCUCGUUCUUGCAGUUGGGACUUCGCGGUGGAUUGGCCCAUACUGAAAAUUGGGCGAAUUGCCGUGGUUGCUCGGCGGAAGUUCAGACCCGGAAGCGUCGGUGCGCGGUGGUGGUACAUCGCUGUGCCCAAGGGUCGCUUUGUUUUGCUUGUUCAACUCGAUGGUCUCUUGAAGCGUGUUUGUAGGUUUAGCCUCGACCUCCGGCGUUGCGGGCGGUUGCGUGUUAGUGCCGCCUACAACCUCUUCCCCCUCGAGAUCUACCGUGGGACGCACCCCAACGAGCGGAAUACCACUCCCAGCGGGCCCAUCGGCUGAAGCACGAGCGAUCGAAGGCUUCAGCUUGAUCAGGAUCUGCUCAUCCAAAUCUGCUGUCUUGUCGUUGCAGAGUUCUUGUACGUUCUGCACUAGUACUCCCUCGAGAAAUACCACAUUUGCGCAUUGAUAAACCGCGAAACGAUCGCUGUCGUUGUCUGGGAAACAGCCAAUUAGCCAACAGCUGUCUUCGUCCGACCAACCUAAGUUGAUUCCCCGUAGUGCUCUUGGUGAAAGCGCUGUAUUUUUCUCAUCUUGUUUGGCAAGUUCCGUUCGACCCGGACGGAAGAUGGCCAAGCAACCAAACCGGCGCAAGUAUUUCUUCUUGCGCUCUACGUUGACUUUCUGGAGCGGGUUCGAUGUCCUCGCGUUUACAGCUUCUUGUGGAGCACUAACAGCGCCUGACUCUUUGUUCUUUCGUGGCAUGAGAUUCCAACACGUUACCACGUGCCGUAAGGCACAGUCCCACAUUCUGGGAUCAACGUGCAACAUACAUGACCGCAGUGCGUUCUUCAAACUUUGCACAGUCCGCUCCGCGUGCCCAUUCGUCCAGGGCAUGUAUGGUAUACUAUAAGAAUGAGCUACGGCGUAACGUGAACAAACAGCAUCCAUUUCUGCACUUUUCAGCGUUUCCUCGUUGUCCGAUCGCAACCAAGCCUACGUACUGCGACUAGGUCCGUCUUUGUAGCACCGGUAAGCGCGUCUGCUCCACAUUUGUGCCGAAUCUCCCGUAGAAAGCUCUCUACUGCUUGUGGCGCGAAGCUUUUAGCUGGUAAGCUUCUAACCGCAACGUACUGCGUAGUGUUGCAGACAAAGAGCAUCACUACUUUGUUUCCACGGUAAGUCUCCGGCUUCACUGGUCCGAAGAAGUCUGUUGAAAAGACAACGAGCGAAGCAUUCGCUUUUUGCGACUCAGAGCUGCUAACAUCGGCGCCAAUUCCUCUAAAUUUUGCUUGUAAGCAGUCCAAGCACGACGCUCGGCUCGAGCUGUCGUGUAAGUGCGCCACUCGCCAAUGUUGUAAAAGUCUGUCUUCGCGUGUUCGCAAGCUGUCUCUUGGUCCUCUCCUUCUGCGACCUGCAACAGUGACGGCUUUCUUCGCACGGUGUGGUAGGCUUGUGGCAACGUCAUCUGCGCGCACGUUGUUGCACGAUUCUGCCAGAGGCGUGAACUCAUAUCCGGAGUGCGUUGGCAGACUGUUCUUGUCGAAGAGGUUUUCAACGCUAGGGAGCCCACUCGAUGUACUCGAGAACUUGACAAACGCGCCCGUUACCGUGUGUCUUGCAUAGUCACCAUUUGCCUCAAAAACGAUCUGCCAGCCUUCUGCUUUGAGUCGGCGCACCGACACUAACGCCUCGACAGGUAACUUCGGGAACCAGAUAGCUUCCACUUUCUUGCCGGAGACGUUUUCGCUCAAGACGCCGAGGUGUCCCACGUCUGACCCUGCAACCCCUUUUAUCUUUACUUUCUUACUGUGAUCGAUAGAACUAAAAUUUUGCUUAUCUCUAACUAUAUGCGACGUGCUACCUGAAUCAAUGAUAUUACUUAGAACACUUCUAGACGUAUCAGACGAAAUUAAAUGCAACCCAACAAAUAAAUGACUGUGGUCAAUUUUUGCGCAAGACGAUGACAAAUUUGCCAAACUAAAACAAGUAGAUAAGUUACUCACUGACAUACCACUAUAACGAUCUUUCUGCUGUCUAUGCAGCUUUCUCUUUCUUUCCUUUACUACAAGUAAGACCUUUGUUUUUGUUCCUUAGUCAAUUCUUCUCCUUCUUUCCGCCUCCUUUGCGAUUGUCUUUGCCCUUCUGUUUGCCACCAUGGGCAGCUUUGAAGCGACAUUCUGUCGUGUUGUGCGAACGGAAAGCAGCUGCACGUGAUUCGUCCCAGUUGAAGUGCUUCGCGCAAGUAGGGCAGUACUUUGCCGACCAGGUGCUGUUCUCGUUGUUCUUGCCGACUUUUCCGCCCCCCUUCUUUCCCGCACCCUUGCGUUGUUGGUGGCUAUCGUUGCGACCAUAGGGAGAAGGGCGGGCGUACUGACUUCCUCCUUUUUGUGCACGAGCGAGAAGUAGUUGCUCAUCCUUGUGCUACUUGAGCUUCGCCUUCAAGCUCUGGAUGGUGCGUUCGUCCUCGUUUCCGGUAAUGACCUUGCUGACACUCUCCUCGCCCAGGAUUCCCUUGGCUUCUUUCUCAGGCUCAACUUCAACGGCGAAGAUAUCGGCUUGCUUUUCUCCAGCGACUUCCUGGAACAUAAUGCGGGAGCACUUCUCUGCCAAAUCGUCGGCGCUGUAACCGUUUUCACUCGCGGGGUGCUGUUUGAAGUCCCGCAAAAUUUGCGCAACAGUCGGGUCUUUCGUAGAGAUGUUUCUCAUCAGUACGUCUCUGAUCAAACGCUCACGCAUCGGCCCAGCGGGGAGUUCGGCUCCGCACUUUGCUGCCAUCGUUUUCAACUCCGCGACAAAGCCCAUCAGAUCCAUGCUGCUGCGCUUCCAGUUGGCAUUCUUCAGGGCGCUCAUCUCCUUCUCGAUCUGAACCCCUUCGAAGUACUCAGCAAGGCGGCUCAGCUCGUUCAGGACGCCCGCCAAAUCAUCAUCGAUCUGUUUGUUCUCGAUCGCGGUCUCGAUGCGCGCUGCCAACGUCUUCCCCAGCGACGCCUUGACGGCUCUGUGCAGCAUCAAGCAUAGCUGACUGUCUCGCUCGUUCAGCACCGGCGGGGGAGCCACGUUUUGGACCAGCGGCGUUAAGAUGUCCUGCUCAAAGUUAAGGCGUCUCGUGCUUGCUUGUAGAUUAAGGCCCUUAUACCAGCGGCGAAACUGUGUUGCGUCGUCCACCGAGGGGAGCUCCAACAAUGCAAUGUCUUUCGGGUUCUGCAAAGCUUGUCCACUCACCGGGACAACAGGUGCUGCAGCUGGAGGAACAGCAGGCGGAGCUGCCGGCUGUGCGCCAGGUGGUUUCCCAGGUUCUCCAGGCGCUGGCUGGAUGUUUUGAUUAGAAUUCCAAAUGCGGUCCACCAGGAUGGUACGAUUGCCAAGACUGUUCAGGCCACAUAGUUGCGUCCAGUCCUUGAUUGCCUGAGCGGUGGCUUGCGCUGCGUUCCUAUCCCCGGAUAAGCUGACAUCAUGCGCGGCCAAAGCUGCCUGUAAAGCGUUCCUUGUUCCCGCUGCAGCUACACCCACAGCUGCCGCCAACAGCCGCAGACAGGGUGUGGAGAAUUCGUCGAAAGUGUGUUGUGCCAUUUUUUUUUUUUGAAAGUGUGAAGGAGAAGACGAAAAUAGAGUCUAAAUGUUUCAGUUGAUAUACUCAGAAGGUCGCAAGUUUUAGAAAUUUGCUAACUUACGACAAGACCUUAUUUAAAUAAAUUUGAAUGAUUUGAAAGUAAAAAAAAAAGGAUUGCAAGUAAGGCUUAUUUAUUUUUGAUUAUUUUUGUGCUCAUAAGACUAGGUAGACUGUUAGAACAGUCAUCCACAUAGGACGUCGUCUAACGUGUCGCCCUUGUCAAGUAUUACGCAAAUACUACCUAGCACUGUUGUGUUAGGGAAGAAACUUGAGUGAUGCAUUUGAAAGAGUCACAUCGUCUUGAUGGCUCUAGGCCUGAAGAUCAACGCCAUGAUCUUCUUCUAGUUGGUCCCUCGGACUGUAGUCCUUCACCUCAAUGCUUAUGGUAGUUGAUCUAUGUAUUGGCCUGUUUGAUCUAGCCACUAGCUUCAUUGUGUAAGUGAUGAUAGUGAUCUUGAUGCGAUUGAUCUACGACCUGAUUGGUAGGAUCUUUAGGUGCAAUUUGAUAGGUUGAUAGGCUGAUCUUAUGUUGUUCCAACAGGAUGAGGAGUAAGGUGAAGUUAUGGAAUAAUGUGUGAUGGCUGGAAUCUUGAGUUACAACUUUAGUAUAAUAUAUAUAUUUAUAGACUUAGAACUAACAACAACAGUCAGAUUCGUCGCGUCCGAUCUUUCCGUCUUCUUCUAAGCCUCUGCAAGCUCGGGCCAAGAUGCAAGCCAUGGGCACAAUAGUAGGGGUUAAUGGCGACCAGUCGCCCACACGGACAGGCUCAGUGCGGACUAGUAGUAAUGGAGGCCCAGCAGGAGUCGGCGCAGGUUCCAUGUAUGCACCGACAAAGGAGCCAUUGGUGAACAAAAACGGUGUAGCAGAACAGCAAUUCGUAAGGGCGUCUGUAAAUAAGGCGAGCAGGCAAAUUGUUGACUUGAUGGAGGAUGGGCUCGAGCUCAACUCGAUUAGAAUUGAUGAGCAUCUUUCUUGUGUUGAAAAGAGGAUGCUUUGACGAUGUGCUAGUUGGAGCUCCUCCUAGUCCCCCUUGUCCACUCUAUUCUGCUCAUCUAAGAUCACAAGCGCGCAAGGAGGCGGUGGCGCACUAGGGGUGAAGCGGACGUCUAAGAAUAGUAGUGAAGCCAUAGAGAUGGACGAGGGGAUGAGCACGGUAAAAAGUGGCAAGCUUGCGCAGACGAACAAAAAUAAAGCAUCUUUGCUGUUAUGGUGGAAGGAGCAGGUGAUCGUGACGUGUCGUGUCUUUUAAUGAUAUACUUAAGGCUCAACUUUCAUUGGUCAUCGAGGUUACUCACUGAGAUCCCUCUUGAGAGAACAGGGGAAAUGAAGGAAAAGCAAAGGGAGAGGCAUGGGUGCCUUUUCUUUCAGAAUCAGUGACCACUGACUGCUGACCUUUAAUAUACAGACUUUGAAGCGUCCUGGUCAUCGGUAUACCGCAUCGUUAGCACAACUAGACAUUAGCGUCCUCGAGGAAUUCGAAAUGGGUUCUUCUCCUUGAGAGUGACAGCAUAUAAUUGGAGUGCUUUUUUGCACGCAGUAGAGUUCUUGCACGACUCAUCUUCGUUUCUAUUUCUAAUCCCGACCGCCACCACGGACAUGGCAAAACUAGACGACCCCGAACGACAAGCCAACGCUAGCGCGCAACUCGAGCUGCAAGGCGGGAUCACAGGACAGCUAGCCCACAUGGUCGAUAAGAUGAUCGAAAAGCGAAUACCACCAGACGAAAUCGCGGAUAUCAUCUCUUUUGCCCAGAGAGACGUGGAAAAGUACAUUAACUACAGAAUAGAGAUGGACGCACGCGAGAGCAGAAAGCGGUUUGACGACGAAACACAUUCGCAAGACAAAGAAGCGGUUUGGCAUCAGGUAUGAUACAGCCUUUCCAUUACCGUAUUCUUAGGAAGUACAUCACGAGAGGAGUUCUUCUGAAAAAUGUUUCUGGUGUUGUAGGCGUUUCUGUUGCAUGAAGAUAUGUUUCAUGUUUUACUUCCGAUCUCCGGAUCAACACCUGCCUUCAAGAAACACUGAAGGCUUGUCCACUGUGCAGGUCUUACCGCUUUUUGUUGCAGAGGAUGACGCAUUUUCCUCGGAUCUGUGGCUCACAUUGCAGACUGGAAAGAAGAAAAAAUUGACUUUGGGCCAGGUUGUAGUGUCUUUGGCGCAGUUGCGAAAAGAUAAUCAUCUUGCACGUAUCUACUACAGGAACCACGAAGAUGCUCUUGUUCUCUUUAAAUUUAAUAUGAAUCAUAGGCUAGGUUCAGGAACUUCAGGAGUAAGACUAGGAUUCAUUCGAGUAGUGCUAGUUCUACUUGUAGUAGGACAUCGUGGUCGUUUACUGCAAAAAAGAAAUUACAGGACUUCAUCUCAUGUCAACUGCAUUGCCAUUCAGGUACCUCCCAGCCAGUACGUUUAGAUCCUGAAAGCCAACCUACGCCUUCACUAUUGUCAACGGUGAUGUCAUCACCCACAGAGACAUUGAUAAACUUCUUCAUGCAGCCAAGCGCGGUCUGCAGCGGACCUCCAGCAGGGCCUUUGAGCACGCACGGCGGAGGCUCACCUACGCAGACAAAGGGUGCUUUUGCUUAUGGUUUGUGUGGGUUUUCUAUCUCGACUUCCUCCCGUAAUCCAAAGUGGGAUCGUGUGGGUGUGCACCAUCGGAUUACAUAUCCAAUAUAGUACAACAACUGAUACGUUUAGUUCUUGUGCUGCUGCCGAAGAUGAUGCUCCCCAACACUUACUUGUACUUCUACUUCUAACCCUCCACAAAAGCAGGCGGGAGGGCGGUUCACAAGGUCAUGCUGGACUUCGAAGUGGAGCUGAAGUAUCUGGAGCCGGCACCAUUUCCAAGCACUGACCAUGAUGAUGAGGAAAUCAUAGAGGAGCCCUCACCACAGAAGAUGCCGAAUGGACCGCCUAAGGAAGCCAGGCUUAGCCAAGGACUCGUGGACGAAAUGAGUAAAAGCUUACGAGGUUUUGGCAAGUGAGGACAACAACAAGCCCUUAAAUAGUUCUUGAGCUUCGUAGAAGGUCGUCUACUAAGUGAGCGCUUAGGAUUAACAUCCACGAGGUUAACCUCGGAGAAAUACUCCCUCUCCAAGAAUCAAGAUCAAGAUCAAAUGAUAAGCUAUCUUGCUAACAUUUUCAAAAUAACGACUCCUUCCAUUUCCUCAACGAAUAAGUUGGACGAGACCUGUUCCUCCUGUAAGCGUAAUUCCUGUACAUCCAUUUUCAUUAUAACUGCGCUUGUUUGAAGUUGUAGCUGUACAUGUACAUACUUGUACCAAUUCAUUGGUAUUUGGAUUGUAUCAUGUUGUUUGAGUUUCCUAUGUACUUACAAUGUAUGCAGAAAUAAAUCCUUCAAGGGUACCAUCGAUUCUAGACGCGGGAACCAAAGGUGUUCCGAUUGGGUUUACUAGGUUUACAGUUCCUUUUCUAGUCGUUGUCGUACCAAGAAGCAGCGCUGAAGUUGAUGAUCUACUUCUCGCUCCCCACCAGGAGAACUACAAGCUUAGACUGCCUUUUACUCUUUACAUACAAAUACUGACGUUUCAAUAAUGAAUACUUCAUUGUCAAGCACCUAGCAUUUGAUAGCGAUCGCGAUAAUCAU